AUGCUGUACCUGCGCCCGGAUCCUCUCGACUGCCCCGCCAUAUCCGUCGGAGGAGGCACCACCUCCAAAUCGCCGUGUCGCACUACGAGCGAUGACGACGACGAGAAGCCCGGCCAGGAUACCCUCCACUUCCUCGACCACAACCACGACACCAUCACCUCGCUCUCCCUGCGCUACGGUGUCCCCGCAGCGGCUCUCCGCCGCGCUAAUAAGCUGACGAGCGACCACCUCCUCCUGGCCCGGCGCACGAUCCUGAUACCCCACGAGUUCUACAAGGCGGGUGUGAGCCUGUCGCCCCGGCCCCUGGGUGGGGAGGACGAGGAGUUGCGCAAGUCCAAGAUUAGACGGUUCAUGACGUCGACAAAGGUGGCCGACUACGACGUCGCCCAGCUGUACCUCCAGAAUGCCGGCUAUGACUUCCCUGUCGCUGUGGAGGCUUAUUUUGCCGACGAGACGUGGGAGACGCGGAAUCCGAGCAGGAAGCCUGCAGGGGAUGGCAGCAAGCCGAAGAAGCAUCGUGGUCCGUUUUGGCGGGGUCUGUAA